AUGGAAGAUGAAGAAAGAGGCCCGUCUAAGGAGAUGGCCUACACUCUUACACCCUACAAGACUACGGAUCUCUUCACUGUAACUCGCCUCCGGCCCAGCAUGUUCGAGCAAUACAGGCCUCACCACUCCUACGGCAGCAGCGGCGGUGCCCUGAGCCUCACCGGCCUGGAGACCAUGACCUCUGCCGAAAAGACGGCGCGCAUCCUCGCUGUGGCCAACGACAUGGCGGCGUCGAUCAUAUAUAUCGCCAAGCAGGCUGAAGCCGGCAACCUGACAAACAGCCAGACCAUCCCGAUCUACAACUUCAUCGACAGCAUCCUGGCGCUCGAGCGAGGUCAGAAGAAGAGCCUGAUGAGUGAGCUGGAGCAGCAAGACUCGCGCAUCGCGUUGAUGGAGAAGCAGCACCGGAAGGACAUCGAGGAGCUGACCAGGUGUGCCAUGGAGACGGUAUCGCGGAUGAAGGCGAGGAUCGAGCAGCUGGAGAAGACGAAGACAGCAAGCGAGACGAUAUGA